UCCCCCUGUCACAUUUCCCUGCAUUUUUGUCUGAUUUCUAGAUCUGCUUGAGUGUUUUGUUGUAGGCCUCUGUUCUAUUGGUUGUUUUGUUGCAGAUGUAGCGGUGGAUUCCUCUGUCUAUUUUGAUUCCUGCUACCGCUGUCAUUUAAUAUUGACGACCCCCGUAGCGAGUGUUGUAUGAUUCCUUUUAUUCCUUUAGGCAUCUGCUAGGUGUAUGAUUAAAAUGUAACGUGUAUACACACUGGCCGUUUGAAUUUCUGCUGGCCUGUUUGAUGUAGAUGUAGGAUGCUAAUGCUCAAUCUCUUGGUCAGUUCAGUCUCAUGCUCUAUAGCUGUUGGGGUUUCUGAUUUCUGUGUCCAUUAUUUUGUACUCUGCUUGCUCUGUAUUUUGUGAUUUCGUUUGUUCAGAGUGUUUGGGUACUCCCAUUAAUUUGUGUGAUUUAACUUAGCUUCAUUUGCUUACCAAAACUCUUUUUCCAGCUACUCUCUGUUUUUGAUUUUGUCUGCACUAGUAGUUGCUGCAAGGAGCUGUUGGGAGUUUUGGAGUUGAUUGCAGUAUCACUUACAGUAAUUUUUUCAGUGUAACUUUCACUGAUUUGCACUUAAUUUCCAGUACUUUUUCAGUCAAUUUUGGACUGAUAAUUUCUAUUGUAAAUUUGAGUGGAAUUUCAGUUUAAUUUCAUUGCAGUCCAGUGUAAUUGUAUAGUGGUGUGCACCCCUGUAACUUACCAUACUAAUUAUAAGGUUUUUCACAGUGAAAUUUUUACUAUAAUUACAGUGUAUAGUACACUGUAAUUUUAGUGUAUUUUUCAUUGUAAUUUCAGUAAUGUUUAACUUACAGUGAUUUACUCCGAAUUUUCCAGUAUCUUCAGUGUAACUUAGUGAUAUUUGCAGUGUAACUUAUAGUGACAUUUUCAGUGUAACUUAUAAUGAUUCGCACUGAAAUUUCCAGUAUUUUUUAGUGUUACUUACAGUGAUUUGCACUGAAAUUUCCAGUGUAAAUUUCAGUUUAAUUACAUUGUGGUCCGGUAUAAGUGCAUAGUGCGGUACAACAUUGUAACUUACAUUACUAUGCAUUGAAAAUUCCAGUCUAAAUUCCAGUGUAGUUACACUGUAAAUCCAUAGUGCAAUUUCAUUGUAUUUUUACUAUGUAAUUACACUGUAAUAUCAGUGUACUUACACUGUAAAUCAGAGUGUAAUUUCAGCGAAUUACAUUGUAAUCCUAGUGAAUACGAUUCAGCUUUUGUAUGUUCAUUCAGCUUUUUGCGAAUGAUAGUAACGAUUUAGUUGAGUGUGUCUAGUAGUCUUUUGGAGGGUGUUCAUUCCGCUGUUAUUUUUAGUUUACUAUCAUAAUCAUUUGACCAUGGUUAGUUAAAUAGACUGGCAGAUUGAGGAAGGGUUGCGGGAGAGUUGUUUUUAGUUACUAUCAUAGUCCUUUUCUUGGUAUUGUCGUUAUUUUUAGUCUUAUAUAGGGUGUUCAUUCAGCUUUUGUAUUACUUUACCACGAUUUGCAGUGCUUUUGUGUUCUCAUUUUUAUCCUUGCUUCAUCAUAAUCAUUUGACUAUGGUUAGUGAUACAGAUGGGCAGAUUGCAGAAGGGUUGUGGGCAGGAAGCCCAUGAUCUUUCUCCUGAUAGCAGUGUAGAUUCUUCUGAGAAGCCUUUUGUUCCUGACGAUUGUUUUGAUGCUAAUUCUUUCAAAGUGUCCCAUGUUUAAGUCUUGCUUUAAUAUCCAGUCCUACUUGUUUGCUUUUCCCGCGUUCUAGUUUAAUUUAGUUAGUUGUGCUUUUCUGUCGGAUUCUUCUAUGGAUGAUGGCACGUUUGACAAAGCAUUGUUUGAUUUCUAAGGAUGAAGGAGUGCAUCUUCUUCAUCUUGCAGGUAUGACUCAUGUCUUUGCAUUCUUGCUUCACCUUCUUGAACCUGAAAUUUUGGAAAAAUGAAAGCACUCAGCAGUCUCUGUAUUAAGUCUACUCUAAUUUUUAAGAAUUACAAUGUAAUUCUGAAUUUUUACAGUGUCAAAAAGGAAGUAAUUUACAAGAUAUGACACAGUAAUUAUUUUGAACCAUAGCCUUUCAUUUUGUUACAAUGUACUGUAAUUCUGAAAAAAUUUACACUGUCAAAACAGAAGUAAUUUGCAAUGUAAUUCCUUGCUUUUUUCUGUAUAUUACAAUACUAAUUACCAUGCAGAGCUACAAUAAAUUUGAACCAUACUUGUAGGUGUAUUUUUUCAUUCAAUGCUUUACUUUUAGUAUAUGGCAGUAACUGGUGUAAAAAAAAUGUAAUUUCUGAAUCAUAAUUACAGUAUAUUGUCUGCAUUUUUUAAGUGUAAACAAGAAAGCAAUGUUAGUGUAAUUUUCAAGUUUCCUUUUUGACGGUUACUGUAAUAAUUUGAACUACAAGUCAAAAUAAUUUGACCAUUUUACAGUCCCAAAGUUUAUGAAUUAUAGUAUUGUUCCUAGCCUUUUUGUUUGAGCAGUUCAGUGCUUUUUCAGUCUAACUAUAUGGAAGAUACACUGAUGAAUCAUAGCAAUCAGUUCACUGCUUUUAGUUUUCUAGACCGUCAACUCUAACCAACCCUAAGAUGAUACCCAAACUUACUGAAUGUUCUAAACCCUAAGGUUUCUGUGAAGGUUUUGUGAGUAAUAUUUUUAUGUGAAUUUUUUUGUCAUUGUCAAGUUAGUUCACAAGCAUCGUAAAGGGUGUCUGUUGUAAAUCCUGUUCUUAUUUUUGAUUUUUUUUUUGUUUGAAGUUUCUGAAUUUUCUGCAUGUACAUUUUGUACUACUAGCUUCACUGUAACAUCUAAGCAGAUUUUCAGAGUUCCCCUUUAUGUUUCCUCUAGUAUGUAAGGGGGGACUGAACUAGAUUCAGUCUUAACACCUUAGAAGGUUGUCCAUGCUUUCCUGUCUAUGUUGAUCCUUACUAAUCGUAAUCUGAUCUUUUUGUUCUUGCAAAGUUCAGAUUUCCUGUGCACGUUCCGUGUAGAUGUUGAGAAUUAGGAGAGGGAGCUGUUUUACAGGAGAAGUACUGGGAGUGAGUGCAAAGUUUUGUAGGAGAGAUUUCUUCACCUGUCAAUCCAUGAUUUUUCUGCAGGUUUGCCUCCUGGUAGGUGGGACAGAAACAGCGACAAAAAAAGGACAGGAACAUACAAUGGACAUGGCACACUUGUCAAUUUGUGGGUGGUCUAAAAAUCUGACUGAAACUAAAUCAUAAUAGUAGGAUCUAAGAUGAAUAUAUAGACAUCAAUUUUGUUGCUGUCUUGAUCGGAAGCAUCAAGCCGUAUAUUUCCGCAGAAGCUGUGACACACGUAUCUUUGUGCGGAAGGACUGCAGCACCGUCAUGCUCACGCCUCAGAUUUCUUCGUCGCCCUUGGCAAAUAUCUCGAUGAACUGGUGCAGGAGAGACGGCACCGUCCCAAAAACUAAAUGCUCAGUUUCCACUUGUUACUUGUUGUUACGUUACCAACAACAACGACGACGACACGGCAUCACUGCUGCAUCGAUCUGCAUAUGCAACCCACAAAGAAAAGAAAAGAAGCCAUCUUGUUCUCGUACGCAUCGAUCCCCACCACUCGCUCUCGAUCGCAUCAAGAAACGCCUAUCUACAGCUAGACAACACUCGUGUUCUCCGUUCAACUUAGUAACCUCUCUGUACAUAGAGAUAAGACCAGACAAAUCCAUCAGCUAGUCACUCGAUCGGGGCCCCGCCAUGGAGCAAUGGGCGUACUACCAUUGCCUCUUCCUGGCUCUCCUCCUCCCUCUCCUGCUGCUCAAGCUCAACAGCAAGCGUGGCGGCGUGCGUCUGCCACCCGGUCCGUGGCGGCUGCCGGUCAUCGGCAGCCUGCAGCACCUCGCCGGCAACCCGCUCGUGCACCGCGUCAUGGCCGACCUCGCGCGCCGGCUGGACGCGCCGCUCAUGUACCUCAAGCUCGGCGAGGUGCCCGUGGUGGUGGCCACGUCCCCGGAGGCCGCCCGCGAGAUCAUGCGGACGCACGACGUCGUCUUCGCGACGCGGCCGUGGAGCCCCACCGUCAAGAUCAUGAACGCCGAGGGGCAAGGCCUGAUAUUCGCGCGCUACGGUGCGUUGUGGCGCCAGCUCCGCAAGAUCUGCAUCCUGGAGCUGCUCAGCGCGCGCCGCGUGCAGUCGUUCCGCCAUAUCAGAGAGGACGAGGUCGGACGCCUCCUGGCCGCUGUUGCCGCGGUGCCGCCCGGGGAGCCCGUGAACGUGAGCGAGCGGAUCGCCGUGCUCAUCACCGACUCGGCGGUGCGCGCCAUGAUUGGGGACAGGUUUAAGAGGCGGGAGGAGUUCUUGCAGACUCUCGACGAAGGGGUCAAGCUCGUCGCCGGGUUCAACCUCGGCGACCUCUUCCCGUCGUCGCGCCUCGCCAGCUUCAUCAGCGGCACGGCGCGGCUGGCCGAGGAGAACCACCGCAAGAGCUUCGAGCUCAUGGAGUACGCGAUCCAGCAGCACGAGCAGCAGAGGGCCGCCGCCUCAGCGAACGAUGACGGAGGAGAGGACCUAGUGGACACGCUCUUGAGGAUACGCAAGGAAGGUGGCCUCGACGUGCCUCUUACCAUGGGCAUGAUCAAAGCAGUUAUACUGGAUCUAUUUGGUGCCGGGAGUGAGACUUCAGCUACCACACUUCAGUGGGCCAUGUCGGAGCUCAUGAGGUACCCAAACGUGAUGCGGAAAGCACAAGCUGAAGUACGCAAAAACCUCCAAGGAAAACAUAAGGUGACUGAGGAUGACUUGGCCAAUCUCAAGUACCUUAGACUCGUCAUCAAGGAGACAAUGAGGUUGCAUCCAGCCGCGCCAUUGCUUCUCCCUAGAGAGGCCAUGGAGCCUUGCAAAAUUCUCGGGUACGACAUACCCAAGGGCACCACGGUGUUGGUGAAUGCAUGGGCGAUCGGCAGGGAUCCUAAGCAUUGGGAGGAUCCUGAGGAGUUCAAGCCGGAGAGAUUCAAGUCCGGAAUGGUCGACUUCAAAGGCACAAACUUCGAGUACAUACCGUUCGGGGCAGGCAGGAGAAUGUGCCCUGGAAUGACAUUUGCGCAGGCCAGCAUGGAGAUUGUGCUCGCCUCACUUCUCUACCACUUUGACUGGGAGCUCCCAAGUGGGGUUAAGCCAGAUGGGCUAGACAUGACCGAGGAGAUGGGUCUCACCGUCCGGCGAAAGAACGACUUGUAUCUGCACGCCGUGGUCCAUGUACCCCUGAUUUGAUUUACACUUGCAUUGGUAUGUCAUAUGUGACUGAAUUCUCGCAUAUUUGUGCCUUCUAUGUGCCUUGGUCAACUGUGUGACUGCUAGACUGCCUUGUCAGGUGACUGCCAGAGAUACGUUGUCGAUUAAUUUGGGGUCCUCAAACUUCUCUGAUCCUCAUACUUGGAUGUUCAUCUUAGAACACCGAUCAGUGAAUUAAUUUUAUGUUAUGUACUGAGAUCUUGACCAUCUGUUUACCAGAUUUGA